GACAGGCAUGAGCAACGCGCGCUGAGAUGCGCGAGUUUAUGGACUAUGUCCACAGUGCUUUCUACGAGGCCACGGGGUGGAGGCGCGACAAUUCGUACGCAGCGCUGAACUCGACGACGGACGCGCUGCUCAACUUUCGCACUCCUAGAGGCCUCCGCCUCACCCUCUCGGCCCUCGCAAGUCCCAACUUCGCCACGUCCUACCAGCUGGGCUCCGUCGGCGUGGUCGAUGGCUCCAUCUCCUACCUCUUCUCCUCCGUUCCGCUGCGACUCCUCCUGACUCCCCAGUCCGAAAAUGUCCCGCUCCCCGAUCUCCUGCGGUCCUACCGGCCAUUGACGCCGGUCGCUCGGCGAGACGACCCAUCACUACGACGGCCCGACGACGAGGACAAGACCAACGAGUCGCUUCUAUACGGCAGACUAUAUCUGCCCCGGUCGCAGCUGGAGGCGCUGCUGGUGAGGCGACUGUCCCCCGCUCUGCAGGCACAGUUCAGCGCCGUGUCGGGCCAGCACCUCCGAGACGGCGGCACGGCGCUGGGACUGCUCCAGUACGAUGUGGGACGGUAUGCGCUCGAGGGAUUGGCGUCCACGGACGGCGGCCUGCUGGGCUUCAGGGGAGUGUACAACUUCGGGGGCGACCUGAGCAGCAAAAAGCACGCUCAGCACUCGGCUGCGUCCCCUGCGGAGAAUGGCAUCGGCGGCGGCGGCAACGGCGAUAAAGAGAGGAUCUACGGCCGCUUCAGCACUGGUGGAGAAAUCUACUACGGCACGCUGAACAAAUCGGGGGGCAUCAGCAUCGGCGCGAGAUUUGCUACGCUGCCGGACCACAAGGGGACGCCGCUGUCUGCCACGCUUACGCUGAAUCCCCUGAUGGGCAACAUUGCGGCUAGCUAUGCGGUCAUGGCCGGCAAGGACUGCAGUCUUGCGACGCGCAUGGAGUUUAACAUUUUCAGCUACGAAAGCUCCUGGGCCGUGGGCAUGGAGCUGUGGAGGAAGCCGUUUGCUCGGCUGGCGGUAGACGGAGAAGUCUCUGAUACGGAUGUUCCUGCGAAGACGUCGGUUACGAAAUCAGCAACGCCGGCCGAACGAAGUUUCAACGCCAAGCUGGAGUGGAGGCUCGACGAGCCGGAAAAGGUCACGGAAAAGAAGCCUGGACCCAAGAUGAACGGAAGCAACGCCGCAAAGUCAAAGAGUGAGGCAGAAAAGGACAAGGAGCAGGAAUACGCCGGCGUCGUCAAGGCGAGGCUGGACCAGAAUCUCCGGCUCGGGGUGCUGUGGGAAGGGCGAGUCAAGUCGCUGCUGUUUAGCCUCGGCAGCGGGAUCGACCUGAAGAUGAUGAACAAGCCGUUUCGAACGUUGGGUCUCGAGGUUCAGUUCUCGUCAUGA